AUGGAAACGAGUAGGGAUUACGAUGUUGUUAAGGUUUCUGACGACUGGACAUUUGUCGCAAUGGUAUUGGAUCGCCUUUUUUUGAUCAUUUUUUCGGUGCUCAACGUGGGCACGAUGUUCAUAAUUUUGGAAGCUCCGUCGCUAUAUGAUUACUCCAAGGCGAUGAACAUCACUGUGCCCAACAAACCACUUGGACAAGCAAACCUUUUUGGGAGUGUGCUAUUUGUGGCUUUGGUCGUGUCUCACUUUUGUGUAUUGGUUGGGCCAUAUUGGCUUCCCAGCAGAUCAGCCAUGGUUUGCACCAGAAGUAACAAAGGAUACCACGAUUCAGCUGCUGAAUUCAAUCCUGAAAGAACCAGUGAUUUAGCUGCUGGAUCUAGAUCCGUACCAAAUCCCAAUACUUUCGAUGGAUAUGCCUCGGCGUCUGAUUUGUGUCGUCGGUUUUACUUGGUAAUCUAUGAUAAGCUGGCCUCUCACGUGCCAUUUGAAUAUCAUGGCCCAUCCUGUCCCAGAUUCCCUGCUCAUAUACGCAACUUACUUCCGCAAAAGCAGCGCAUCUUCGAUAACGCUGUCAAUCCGUUGAUUGUCGUUCGCUACAAGAAAGUUUGCCGUGAUAUCAACUGUCAUCUCAAGAAAUUCUGGGACCACUAUGAGCGUCGUUUGGCUCCACAGUCUCCCGCAAAACAUCUUUAUGGGUAUAUAAGAAACAAAAUGAAAGGUGACCCCCGUCUACCGGUUGUAGUUGAUGUCAAUGGAUGCAAACAUUUUACUGAUGAAGGCAGAAGCAAGCCAGUAGUGGUAACGAAUACAUGA